ACAGAGCAAAGAGCUUCACCAACCUUGACCUAGAUAAGUAGACUUGUAUAAUAUAAACAUUCAUUUUGUUCAUAUAUUUAUGAAACAAUAUGGAUAGAAUUCCAAAAUACUAAUUUUCCCUGUGUCAAUUUUUAUAUAAUGACACCUAAAAUAUUUAUCUGAAUGGUUUUUAUUUUAAAUAUUUUACAUUAGAUAUCGAAAAGCAAUAGAGUACUUUACGAUUAUUAUAGUAUUAUACUGCAAAUUGUUUGUGAUCUUUCACUGUUCAUUUUAAAUUUAUUAAUCCUCUAUAGGAGGAUGAUAGCUUUUACAAAUGCUGGCUAGGAUUCAAACGACAGCAUAUAGAAACAAAAACACUUCUGUAAGCAUAGGUAGAUAGAAUUUGAUCAUUCUUCCUCUGCAGCUUGAGCUCUAGACACUAGGCAGAGCUGUUUACAUAUUAGGACUAUGCAAGAUCAUUUAGUAAAUUCAGCAUAGCCCUAUCAUAUGUGUUGAAGUGACUUUUCAUUUUUAAAUGCAAUCAGAACUCAAAGUUAAUAGAAUGCAAGAUCAUGCAGAAAACUACACAUGUAUAUCAAAACUAAACAAAUCAACCAAGCUAGUGCUGAUUUGUUUUCAUUUUAAAUCCACCUGAAGCUCAACAUAAGCAAGACACUAAAGUUGAAGUUAACAAGAUUAUCCAAGGAUCAGAAAGGUCUAUUGGCUGUAUACAGGUAGCUCUCAACUUAAACUAGUCACUUAGUGACCGUUGAAGUUACGAUAGGAACCCCCCCCCCAGGUACUUACAAUACAGUUCCAAAGUUCUGCUGGCUCCUCCCCCCUUCCCCCAUUGUUAUGUGACCACAGGCACUUGGCAACCAUAGGCAUUUCAGGCACUUGGCAACCAGCCUGUUUUUACAGCCAUUUACAGCAUCCUGUGAUCAUGUGACUGCAAUUUCUGACAUUUUUUCUGACAACAGCGAUUAGUUCCACUUUUCGGCCAAAAAAAAAAAAAAAAAAGCCCCACAGUGAACAAUGGGUUUGCUAAACAAUUGUGGUAUUUGCUUAACAACUGUGGCAAAAAGAAAUUGGUUGGUCAUGACUGAUUGACAUGACUUACGACUUUAACAGGCAGGCUCCAUUAAAGUCAUAUGUCAAAAAUUACCUGUAUGGAUUUCCAGAACACUUGUCUAAUACAUUUGGUUGAUUGGAUAUGAUCAAGCAGUGCCAACAUUAGAUAGAGUUCCAAUGUACGAUGGCCUCCUGGGGGAUGAGGUGCUGGAGUAAUAUUCGUAUAGCCAUAUGAAAGCUGACAAUGGUCAUGGUGCCAAAGGGGUAAUUUUUAUGUUGGUUUCCAUCCUGCCAAGACCAUCCUAUUCAUUUGCUGUUUGGAGGCAACGCAGCUAUCAAUGGAUGAUAACUACUAUAUAGACAUUGUUUCCAUUGUUUGUGAUCUUGAAGCUAUAUAAUUUAGCCACCCUGAUAGCAACUUCUCAGUGCAAUGCAUCAUAGUUAUAUCCUCCUCAUGUAAGUAACUGAAGUUCUUCAUUCUUGUGUGUAACUACUGCACCAGUUCAAAGUGAAAAGAGGUAAAAGGCAUGAACUCAUCUUCAAGUAAGCUAUGUGUCUGGAAUGCAGUGCAUGCUUAUUGGGGUCCUUUUGCUAACACUAAUUCCAACGUCUUCCAUGCAGACUUGCUCGCUGAAGAUAUAACAAUUUUGCAGUGGAAGAAAGUAUCCAUAAGAGAUGCCGGAAUUGAGCAAUGCUACUUUUCCUGGUUAUAUGAUUCCAGAAGCAAGGCAGUCAGGAAUAAAUGCUAGGACAGCCAUGUCAAGAGGACUAUAUCAUACAGCAACUAUCUUUAUGGGCCGCCAAAUGUCAGCUGUCUCAAGCGUUGAAGAUUUCAGUGCACUGCAGAAGUCUAAACUCACAAAGGGCUUUUCAAUUUCUGACCCACAUUCCUAUAGACAACCAUCACAGAGCUGCUAUAUGACAGACAGCUGUGUAGUUCAAACUAAUAGUGAUCUACAGUACUCAAAUAAGUCUGACAAAAUAGAUGGGAAGACAUCUCUGCUGAAAGGUGAAGAAAUGCCAGUCACAUCCAGUGUAUCGUAUGAGAAUGAAAGAACUACUUUAACAGGGGAAAGUAUAGCAAAUAAUGACAGCAAUAAUUUUGUGGAAAACAAUGUCCACCCUGAACCUAAAUCUCUGCUACACAGAAAAUUAAGUUCUGAGAACAGAUCCACCAGUUUGAAAAGUUACAGUUCCUGCAAAUCAUUGAUCGGUGAACAUUCUUUACAAUAUGAACAAGGAAUUAAAGAGCCAAUCUCGUUGAGCGGUGAUCCCGGCAUACUUGUUUCUGCCAAUGAGUGCUCAGAAGGAAAAUCCCCAGUUUUGGGGAGCACCAUGAACUUGGACAAAAAUAUACUGCAGGAGGAAGAUAAAAGUUUAAGUGGCAGCACUGAUCUUACUGUUUCAGUGAGUGAAGAGGAAGAGGAAUCAAAUUAUUUGAAACUACAACAAAAUCUAAACAGUACAGAUUGCAAACUUGACAACAUAAUAUGUAAUAAUGAAGAAUAUUCUCAAAUCUUUUUUUCAACUGAACACUCAUCUUCUGGCCCCGACCUAAGGGAAUGCCUGUCACUUGAAGGAUUUUGUCAUGUCUUAACUUUCAUAGAAGAACUGGUGGCCAAAGUACCUUCUGGAUACUCGGCAUUAUACCAGAGUGGAACUGCUAAUACAGCAGAACUAGAGAAGCUUAUAAGCCUCUGUAAUAAAGGUGGCAACUUGGCACAAGAAAACUUUGAGGCAUGUGAAGCGCUUGUCCUUUAUCAACUUCAGAAAUUAUUGCAAAAUACAAUGAAUGGAUGCCUUUUACAAGAUAAAAUGCUUAAUGACAAAAAGGAAAGACUGAAUGAAGAACAAAGCAGAUCUGAAUUGGCAUCUUAUUUUACUAAGAUUUGGGAACGUUUAAGCAAACAUAUCUUAUUCUUGCAAAAGCACCACAUUUUACUCAGACAAGAAGUGAAAGACAUGUUUGGUACCCUAUUGAUUUUGGAGAGGCAUAAACAAGAAAGCCCGACUUCUCCAGUGUUGAAAGACUUUGUAGAAGAUUGUGAAGACAGAUCAUUUUCCUGUAGUGAUAAAACCUCCUAUAAUUCACAAGCAGAAAAUAGCCCAGAAAAGCAAGGUUUGAACAUCAGUGGCUUAAAGGAACAAAAAAGUAAUGGAACCAGUUCUGAGCCCAGUUUUUCAUCUCUGGAGAGGAAAAGCUCUUUGUCAAGAGAGGAAAAUCAAAGAGGAAUAAUAUCUACAAUAAAAUCUAAAGCUUUUUGGGGAGAAUCUGAUGACAGCAAUUCUGAUAUUGAAGCAGCCCUACGCCCUCAGGAACAUUGUUCACAAGAAGAUGGAUUCAGUGAUUUCUAUGACUGACUUGAUACUCAUUUACAAACAAAUGAUAAAAAGCCAGUAGCAAUUUUUCAGGACGAAAGUGGUUUCAGGAACAGUCAAUCUGGAAUGGAUGUCCUGAUGGCAUUUUUAUGCACCUUACCAUAGCCACUUCUUCACACCAAAUUAUCCUCUCAACCUACUUUCAACCAAUAUGUUUAUGAAUGAUUGAAAUAUUCUUCUGAAAACCAAGCUAAAAGAGCAUCAAAACGUAACAGUGUAAGAUUUAUACCUGGAUUUAUUUGAAAUCUGAAGUACAAAGAAGAGAGAGGAGUAAUUUUGGAGCUGAAAAAUUGUAGGCCUUUAAUUUAUAUAUUCCCUCUAUACCUGUUCCUUGCUUGGUUGAAAAAAGUUUGUUGUUAUACUUGAAUGGCCAUCAAACUAAUGGACUCAGUUCAGGUCAAAAUAACCAUGAUGUUUAUUAAUACCAUUAUGAAUUUUGCAUUAAAUAAAAAGCUACUGAUGGGG